AUGGUUUUUAUAAAUGUGUUGCUAAGGAAUGUUGGGAGGAGAGAGAAGAGCCAGGUUGGAAUAGAAUCAGGAAAACUUGUGAGAAAGGGUGUGAUGGAAGGUGGAAGAUGGUGGUGGGGGAAGAAGAGAGGGAGAAAAGGGAAAAACAAAAGUGUUGGUCAACGAGUGUGUGAGGGGAGAAUGGGAAUGGAGGGGAAGUCAGGAGUUGUUAGUUAA